GAUCUGUUUUCAAUCAAUGCUUAUGUUUAUGCUCAGAAGCCACAGCUGGAUAUUCACAGUUUUGAGGGUACCUUCACACGGGAAGACAGUGAUCCAGCAGUUCAUGAAAGCCUAAGCAUAGAAAAUACGUUAUGGGCAAGCACUGUUGUUGCCUCAGGAACUGUAAUUGGUGUUGUCAUUUACACAGGCAAGGAAACUAGAAGUGUAUUGAACACAUCCAAUCCAAAAAAUAAGGUUGGCCUGCUGGACUUGGAGUUGAAUCAACUGACCAAAGCCCUGUUUUUGGCUUUAGUUGCACUAUCAGUUGUUAUGGUAACCUUGCAAGGAUUUGUAGGCCCAUGGUAUCGCAACCUUUUCCGGUUCCUCCUCCUGUUUUCCUAUAUCAUCCCGAUCAGUUUACGUGUGAAUUUGGACAUGGGUAAGGCAGCCUAUGGGUGGAUGAUUAUGAAAGAUGACAAUAUUCCUGGAACAGUUGUUCGAACUAGCACCAUACCAGAAGAACUGGGACGAUUAGUUUAUUUACUAACGGAUAAAACAGGAACGCUUACACAGAAUGAGAUGAUAUUUAAGCGCCUGCACCUAGGUACUGUGUCCUAUGGAACAGAUACAAUGGAUGAAAUACAGAGUCAUAUUAUAAACUCUUAUUCACAGGUGCACUCUCAGAACAGUGGAAACAGUACGAGUUCAACACCAUCUAGGAAACCUCAGUCAUCUGCACCCAAAGUCCGCAAGAGUGUCAGCAGUAGGAUACAUGAAGCAGUGAAGGCCAUUGCACUGUGCCACAAUGUGACCCCAGUAUAUGAAUCCCGGGCUGGUGUGUCUGGAGAAACAGAAUAUGCUGAGGUGGAUCAGGACUUCAGUGAUGAAAAUCGAGCUUACCAGGCUUCCAGCCCUGAUGAGGUAGCUCUGGUGCAGUGGACCGAGAGUGUGGGUCUCACUCUGGUUAACAGGGAUUUGACCUCAAUGCAGCUGAAGACCCCUGGUGGACACAUUCUGACAUACUACAUUCUGCAGAUCUUCCCCUUCACUUCUGAGAGCAAGCGCAUGGGCAUCAUAGUUCGGGAUGAAUCUUCAGGAGAAAUUACAUUUUACAUGAAGGGUGCAGAUGUUGCAAUGUCCACUAUUGUACAGUACAAUGAUUGGUUAGAAGAAGAGUGUGGUAAUAUGGCACGAGAAGGACUGCGUACACUGGUUGUUGCCAAAAAAUCACUGACGGAAGAACAGUAUCAAGAUUUUGAGAGUCGAUACAACCAAGCAAAGUUAAGCAUACAUGAUAGAAACCUGAAGGUUGCUGCUGUUGUAGAGAGUUUGGAGCGAGAAAUGGAAUUGCUGUGUCUCACCGGAGUAGAAGAUCAGCUGCAAGCAGAUGUUAGACCAACUCUAGAGAUGCUAAGAAAUGCUGGAAUAAAGAUAUGGAUGUUAACAGGAGAUAAACUGGAGACAGCAACUUGCAUUGCCAAAAGUUCUCACUUAGUGUCUAGGACUCAAGAUAUUCACAUUUUCAGACCUGUUACCACUCGAGGAGAGGCUCACUUAGAAUUAAAUGCCUUUAGGAGGAAGCAUGACUGUGCCUUGGUGAUAUCUGGGGACUCACUUGAGGUUUGUCUGAAGUAUUACGAGCAUGAAUUUGUAGAGCUUGCUUGUCAGUGUCCUGCUGUAGUAUGCUGCCGGUGUUCUCCCACCCAAAAAGCUCAUAUUGUGAAACUGUUACAGCACCACACUGGAAAACGCACAUGUGCAAUAGGUGAUGGAGGAAAUGAUGUCAGCAUGAUCCAAGCAGCAGACUGUGGAAUUGGAAUUGAAGGCAAGGAGGGAAAACAAGCUUCCCUAGCAGCUGACUUUUCUAUCACACAGUUUAAACACAUAGGUAGGCUGCUGAUGGUACAUGGUCGAAACAGUUACAAAAGAUCAGCAGCGCUUGGGCAGUUCGUCAUGCACCGAGGCCUUAUUAUUUCAACUAUGCAGGCUGUAUUUUCAUCAGUCUUCUAUUUUGCAUCUGUUCCCUUGUACCAAGGAUUCCUAAUGGUAGGGUAUGCAACCAUAUAUACUAUGUUUCCAGUCUUCUCUCUAGUAUUGGAUCAGGAUGUGAAGCCAGAAAUGGCAUUGCUAUAUCCAGAACUUUAUAAGGAUCUCACAAAGGGAAGAUCUUUGUCAUUUAAGACCUUCCUCAUCUGGGUUUUAAUCAGUAUUUACCAAGGUGGUAUUCUGAUGUAUGGAGCUCUGCUGCUUUUUGAAUCUGAAUUUGUACAUGUCGUUGCCAUUUCCUUCACUGCCCUAAUCUUGACUGAGCUCUUGAUGGUUGCACUGACCAUACGAACAUGGCACUGGUUAAUGGUGGUGGCUGAAUUUCUCAGUCUUGGCUGCUAUGUGGCCUCUCUUGCAUUUCUAAAUGAAUACUUUGGUAUAGGCAGAGUGUCUUUUGGAGCUUUCUUAGAUGUUGCCUUUAUCACAACUGUGACCUUCCUGUGGAAAGUGUCAGCAAUCACUGUUGUAAGCUGUCUUCCACUUUACAUUCUCAAGUACUUGAAGCGCAAAUUUUCUCCCCCAAGUUACUCCAAGCUUACCUCGUAAAAGUAAUUGUAUCCCAAUGUUUUUUCACUCGCACCAGUCUGCAAAUUGAACAUUCACUGUGCUUUAAUGUCUAUGGAUUUCUGCUGGACUAAAGAGAUUUAAAAAAAUAAGUGAUAAAGUGAAUAGAGCACAAAAAGAGGAGGAAACAUCUGACAGGUACAAUAACACAGACAGACAUACACUAACAGGACUAUCAGAGAUAAACUAAAUUUUCUUCAUGUUGAUUUUUUUUUUUUUUUUUUUUUUACUUUCAGUUGCUAUGAUUAUAAAAUAAAACUGAAUUACUUUUGAUUUGACAAUGCUUCUGAAUGGUUUCAUUGCUACUGUAAAGGAUUUUUUCCUACUGUACUAAUAUUCUGCAAGUUGAAUUGAAAAUUUCGCUAUUUAUUACAUAACUUCCCUUCUUUAAUUAUUACAUAACUACCUAAUUCGA